AUGACCGCAAGGCGAAUCUCAAAUUUAAUGAACCGAAACCAUCAAGACUUUGACGACGUACUAGGUUCAUUAUCGUUUUCUUUGACAGCUGAAGAUGAUGUUGGCGGUCUUGACGAAGCUCUAGAAAAAUUUGCGCACAAAAAAGCCAUGUCAUUGAGGAGCCGUCGCCGUGGACCGAUCCAGGGUAUUCCUGAUGAUGAUCUCGAACCUGUUCGAUUUGAGGUGGCUGAAGAUAUAGCAGCCUUGAGCGAAAAAUUCAUCAGCGGUCCUGAAGUGAAUAACAUCAGUACUCAACCUCACUCUCUACCACCGCAAACUUCUGAGAUGUCAAUUUAUUGGCGACCAAAACCACGUUACCGACUCAAAAGUGAACCUUCAUCUCUAAGCAACGGCAUCGAUCAACAAGGGGGUCAUAACAUAAACCGGUUGCCUGACUCCAAAGACCGCAGGUUUCGGUUUUGGGUCGGAAGUAAACGGCGCCGAACAUCCUCGUUGCCAACGAGCUCAGAUUAUCGCCAGCAGCGGUCACCCGUUUAUCUUUCUCCCUCGGAUAUUUUCUCCUACCUUCAACGGCCUUUUCGUCGAUCACGGAACAUGAUUGAUUCCACCGCCGUAUCCCUCCCCGAUGUCCGGGGGGAAAGGGGCAGCAUGCUCUUUAAAUGCUGGGUGCCAAGCCAUUUGGCUUAUUCUGAAGGCCUAAGCGACAUUGAUCGUAUUAAGAAGAAAGAACUGCAAGAAUCACGAAGAUCGCAAAGCAAUGCCUCGGAAAAUGAAUUUGCUGUCGCCAUUGACGACGUAAUGGUCAAGGAAAGGCCUCCAAGUGAAGUUGCCACGACUAACCAGUCAGUGUUAUUCAACAGACUCACUGACCAGUCGACUUCAGUGUUAGAGAAAUCCAGUGGUGUUAACAUUCCACCGCCCCCGACGCCGCCUUUGACCGCCUCGGUAAGCGAAAUAGGCGGUCCUGAGUCUCGUUUGCCUCAAUGUCCGGAACCGGUGCGCAAAAAGAAGUCAAAGCAAAAGCUGUCUUUUAUGAGGUUAUGGGGCCUCGGCUCUUUCCUGGCGGUUCUCUUGUCUGUUUGCUGGGCUCUUUCUGUCUCACCAUUCCUCUGGGGCGCUAUGGUGGGCGGUUUUGCUACCUACUGCACCAUCCGUAUCUACCAAGUGGUGGUCACCUUUCUCUACUCAACCUCAUCCUCCGACUCCAGUUGCUGCUUUACCUCAGUCAACCCCGAAGCGAUGUGCUGUAGUCUGCACAACGCCAUAUUGUCGUCCUGGCGACCACCCUAUGCCGGACCCCUCGUGCUCCCCCAACUUCGAGAUCUUCAGGCCCCACCGGUCCCCCACCUUGCUGACGAGGACAUUCGCUCGGGUCCCUCUAGUGGACCCCUGGGUGAAAGCCUUGGCUACAAACUGGACAAAUUCAGUCGGCCAGUUUACAAGGCUUGGAUGAACGAGAUUAUCUUCUACUCCCCCGAGACGUAUCACAUCAACAACACCCACUCCGUCUACGUAACCCUGGAGGGCACCCAACUGCGUAUCCAACGUCCACGAAAGAAUGUGUCGCGACGCGCGAUGUUCAACUUACCCGUUCCACCUACCUGCGGUGUGCACUUUGUGCACCAACGUAUCUUCGACAUGCGGAAGGUCAACGUCUCACUUCUCCCCCACGGACUCGUGGAGAAACGUCUGUGGAGCAAGAAAUAUCCCAUUUGCCUCACCGUCCAAAGCGAAAGGAAGGUGUCAAGAGUAAAAUCUGAAGAGUUUAGUGGUGCUAGUGGAAUUCCUGACAGCACACAAUUCAGAGAGCGUCAGCCACCACAGCCAAACCCCCAAACUCCGUCCAAUCUUUCAUCGUCUACUGUUGUUGACAAUGGCAUUUCUCCCAAGGUGUCGCAGAGUGAUAUUCAUCGCUCGGUUAGCUUUACUGAUCCAAGCGACGGAGCGGCGAUGGAGUCGCGCUACACCAUUUCUACAAGUCGCUUCCUUCGUGUUGCAACAACUGGUACAACAGAGAAUCAGUCAGUUGAAGCAGCAGCCUCGUCAACUCCCCUCGCGCCAUCAUCACCCCCAACCGACUUCCUCCUCGUCAGACACUCUGAUGUGGACGAAAAGAUCUAUCUUUUCGCUAGGACUUGUCGAGAAAAGGAAGCGUGGUUCAGACGUCUGAGGUACGCGUCGCUUGGGAGGCCCAUGUUAACCACCGCACAACAGGCUUUUAGAUGUCUCUUGUCACCGGACCCAACUCUAAAAAUGUCGAAUUCAGGUGCCUUCCCCACUAUUACUUCCGUCCAUUCGCUGUCGUCCAACCCUGAAUGCGAUUCCACCGCUGACAACUCAACUGCCACCACUACAGCUUCUAUAACCACCGAGGAUUCGGGCAACCAACGGCCUCAGCCACUGUCUGACGAGGCGCUCCAAAUUUCAUAUCUUCGUCAUAUGGCGAAAUUUAUGCCCGCUUCGUGGCUUCUACGAGCCACCCAGGCACUCCAGCUCAACCUCAAUUACGUGAGCUGUGACAGUCAGGUGCCGUGGCUCAACGCGCUUAUUGGGAGGCUGUUUUGGGAUUUUUUGCGACACGAGUACUGGGCAAAGCGAGUGCAAGAAAAGAUACAAGGGAAACUCAAGAAAUUACAUUUGCCCUACUUCGUGAAUGAAUUGACCGUAACGAACAUUGAAAUGGGCUCUGAGCUGCCAGUGGUAAGGAAUGCGGGGAAGCCCUUUCUGGACAACCACGGACUUUGGAUUGAGGCAGAAAUAGUUUAUGCCGGUGGGUUCACAGUAUCCCUGGAGACCAAUAUUAACUUGAUGAAAUUGCGUGACAAGGCCGCACGUCCACUUGGACACAGCACUUCCCCAACUCCUGUAUUGGAUUCACAAAAUGGCCCCGGUUUUGGCAGUCUUGACAAAAACAGAUCGCUAGGCGUCCCAAACACUAGCGAAGAUGCCGCCUUACGCACAAUGGCAGCGUUCAUGUCCGAUGAGGAGGACAGUGCGGAUUCCUCGACGGACAGCGAUAGGGAAAGUGCCUUGACCAAUGCGCUCGCCAGCAUUUUGCCCGCAGCCACCCAAGCACCCUCGGUGCAGUCCACGCACGAGGGAUCACCGAUCGAUGGGUCUCGACCCUUUUCCCCCUCAUCGCACGACGAAAAGAGCGAACUUCUACGACCUAAGCGGCGGCUUUACCGGCUUGUGGAUAGAAUAACGCGGUCGAGUUACUUCCAGAAAGCUGUUGACAGCAAGUUUGUCCAACGCGGAAUGGAAUAUGUUUCAAAUAAAGCUAUUAAUCUUCAAUUAGAGGUGAGUAUGCUCCAUGGAACUCUGGUCCUGAAUGUGCCCCCUCCUCCAAGCGAUCGUCUGUGGUAUGGUUUUCGAGGAAACCCCAAUCUUCGCUUUAAAUUGAAGCCGAAAUUCGGUGAAACCUUGGUUACCAUUCCUCGUUUCCUCGAAAUCCUUGAGAAAAAACUAAUUUUGGAGUUCCAGGCAAGUACUUUCUCUCCAUUUAACCCCAAUGUUUAUCGCCCUUAA